GAAACAGAGCAUGUUACUCAGAGGUAACUCUCUCUCCACUGGGUGAGGCACAGCUUGUCACCUGACCAGCUCUGGAGGUGCCCAUGGCAUCAAGCUGCAUUCCUUGAAUUCUUUCACCCUGCACCAGCACCAGCACCGGCAAUGAACAACUUCAGGUUCACUGAGCUGAGUGGAUUCGGCUCGCUGUGCCCUUGGAGUCCGCUGCCCGAAUCUCCCGCCCAGUCUCAAAACACACAGCUGAGUAACAGCAAGCCCGCUUUUGAGGAGUAGCACGCAGAGAGUGCCCAAGAAGACCUCAAAGUCUGGAGAAAAAUGACCUUUCAACGAAUCCAAAGUAUACCUCCUGCUACAUGUUUUUGUCUUACUAACCUCUGAUAACUGGGACACAUGGCCCUGGGCCUGCAGAAAGUCAAUUGACGAUCAAACUCCUCAUCAUGCAUCACCUGUUCCGACUGGUCUUGGGACAAAAAGAUCUUUCACGAGCCGGGGACCUGUUUUCCUUAGAUGACUCUGAGAUUGAAGACAGCCUGACAGAAGCUUUGGAGCAAAUUAAACUAAUUAGCUCAUCUUCAGAUUACCAAACCAAUAACAAUGACCAGGCAGUGGUUGAAAUCUGUAUCACGAGAAUCACAACAGCCAUCAGAGAGACAGAGUCGAUUGAAAAGCAUGCCAAGGCCCUCGUGGGGCUCUGGGACUCCUGUUUGGAACAUAACCUCAGACCCUCCGGGAAAGAUGAAGACACUCCCCAUGCAAAGAUCGCCUCCGAUAUCAUGAGUUGCAUUUUACAGAAUUAUGACCGGCCCCCUGUGAUGGCAUUAGCCAUCCCCAUUGCAGUGAAAUUCCUCCACAGAGGCAACAAGGAACUGUGCAGGAAUAUGUCCAACUACCUGUCCCUGGCUGCAAUCACCAAGGCAGAUCUCCUGGCUGAUCACACGGAGGUUAUAGUAAAGAGCAUCAUCCAAGGUAAUACCAUGUUGUUGAGGGUGCUACCUGCUGUGUAUGAAAAGCAGCCUCAUUCAAUUAACAGACACCUGACAGAACUCCUGGCCUUGAUGUCUCAGCUGGAACAGCCAGAACAGUAUCAUCUUCUACGGCUUUUGCAUGUGGCUGCAAAGAGAAAGCAACCAGAGGUGGUUCAGAAGUGUGUUCCUUUCCUAAUCGGGCAUUUAAAGGACUCGGCCCAUAAUGAUAUCAUCCUAAAUAUUCUCAUAGAAAUAGCAGGCUACGAACCAGUGGCUUUGAAUAGUUUUCUUCCAAUGCUGAAAGAGAUUGGUGAGAGAUUCCCUUACCUCAUUGGACAGAUGGCGAGAAUCUAUGGAGCUGUGGGGCAUGUGGAUGAAGAGACAGCCCGAAGCUGCCUGCCGUUCCUGGUGAGUCAGCUGGCCAACAUGGAGCACUCGUUUCACCAUGUCCUCCUGCUGGAGAUUAAGGGCAUCACAGACACAUUCUCCUCCAUCCUGGGGCCUCAGAGCAGAGACAUCUUCCGCAUGAGCAACAGCUUCACUGCCAUUGCCAAGUUACUUACCCGACAGCUGGAAACCAGCAAGCCCAGAAGUGGCAGUAGAAAAACCAGCACUGAAAUCGAAUUCCCUGAGAAGCUAGAAGGAACCAAGCUCACCAUAGCUGAAAAUGAAGACCAUGAAAAGCUCCAAGUUAAAAUACAGGCUUUUGAAGAUAAAAUAAACGCUGAGAGCAAUACCCCUGGCUCUAUCAGAAGAUAUAGUUUGGGCCAAGUUUCCAAGGAAGAAAGAAAAGACAUUAGAUUUAACAGGUCAAAGAGUUUGGCUUUGCACACUGUGCUGAUAAAGGGCCUGAGUUCAGAUGAUGAAGAGCUUGUUGAGAGUGGAGAUAUACCAGCCAGCAUCUCUCUUUCAGAAAUAGAUCCACUUAGCCAAGGCAAUGACAAGUCACCCUUUAAGCUAGACCCCGACAGGUCACGGCUGGGAAGUUCUUCAGUUUCACACCCAAGUAUUCUACAUAUAGAAUCAGAGAAUUUGCCAGAAAUGAUAAAAGAAAACUGCCAGGAAGAAACUCCAGAGACAACUCCAAGUCGUGUAGAAUACCAAGAUAAGCUCUACUUGCACUUAAGGAAGAACCUCAGCAGAGUGAAAGCAUACGCUGUGGAAAUCAGAAAGAAGAUUCCAGUCCCCGAUCAGUGUACCAUUGACGAUUCUGUUAGAAGCUGUGUAGCCAAGUUGUUCUUCACCUGCUCCCUGAAGGGUCAUUACUGCCUAUACAGCAAAUCCAGUUUUAUUCUCGUCAGCCAAGAACCACAGCCAUGGAUCCACAUCAUGUUUCUAUUUCAACAGAGCCUAUUUCCGGAGCCCCUGUCCAUACAGAGCCAUUCUGUGCAAUUUCUCAGAUCUCUGUGGGAGAAGACCCAGGCAGAGGGUGCUUGCAGCUUUGAAACAGCCAUGAUGGAGUCCACAUUUCUGCAGCAGAAGGAUCUGGACCAGGUACAGCUCCAUCUGGAAGAAGUGAGGUUCUUUGACGUGUUUGGCUUCAGUGAAGCGGCAGGAGCAUGGCAGUGCUUCAUGUGCAACAACCCUGAAAAAGCAACCGUUGUAAAUCAAGAUGGCCAGCCUCUUAUAGAAGGGAAACUUAAAGAAAAGCAAGUCAGAUGGAAGUUCAUCAAAAGGUGGAAAACUCGGUAUUUCACACUGGCUGGAAAUCAACUGCUGUUUCAAAAAGGAAAGUCGAAAGAUGAUCCUGAUGACUCCCCAAUAGAACUCAGCAAAGUACAGAGUGUGAAAGUUGUGGCCAGGAAACGCAGGGACCGCUCUCUCCCUCGGGCUUUCGAAAUCUUCACAGACAAUAAAACCUAUGUGUUCAAGGCCAAGGACGAGAAGAAUGCAGAAGAGUGGCUUCAGUGCAUCAAUGUGGCCGUCGCUCAAGCGAAAGAGAGGGAAAGUAGAGAAGUGACCACAUAUCUCUAGGGAUCCGCAAGCUGACCUCACCCCAAAUAUAUACCGCGGGGCUUGCAUUAUAAUUGCCAAUGUCAAGAAAACGAGAUAAACUCACCAAGUUCAUGUUGCUUUUUACUAACUACCACUGGAACAGUUUUCCCUGAGAAGCAGGACCCAAAAGUGGCAAGAUGCUUAGUACAUUUCAUGUCCUAAUGGCAUUUUUAUUAACCCCAGAACAUCUGGGUGAUGCUUAUAGGAAAAGGAGCUAUGAAUGGUCCAGGGCGAGAAAGGGGAGAGUUGGGAUUUAGGAACUUCUGUAAAUAUGUCAUUGAGCAUUGUAAAGAAACAACUUUAAAAGAUACCUGAACUACCUAUCCUGAGGAAAGAUUACGCACUUCAAAGAAAACCACAGGCUGUCAGGUGUCUUAAAAGAAAGAAAACAAAACUAUUAGGAAAAGUCAAAUGAAUGGACACUGAGGAAAACCAUGUACCUUAUUUAUAGACAUAUAAUUACAUUUCUCCUCUUUUAAGGCAAAUAAAGUUAGCAUGUGAUAAAAUGGUUCUCAAGUUAAGCCGGUUAUGUAAUUAAACAUCUGUCUUUCAGACUGCUUAUCUGAUUAUUCCUCUUAGGCUUGUAUAAUGUGAUCUAAAGUUUAGAUACUUGGAUCUAUCUCCUGCCCAAAGCAGUAAGCUAGGAUAAGCAUAGGAAACCAUUUUCUCCAUCUUCAAAAUAUGUCCCACUUCCAUUAAACUUUGAGAUUUUACAGUUUUGUACUUUUCUUCUUUGUAUUCGACCUUUUAAUACCUCCAAAUUACAAGCAUUUGUUGUGUUUUGCCAUUACACAUAAUUUUUUUGUUGGUUUUUUUUUUAGACUUAAGCUGUGGUAAGCAGAACUAGGAUGGCCCCCACACCCUGGUAUAACCUUCUUCCCUUGAGUGUGGUAGGACCUGUCACUUGCUUCUAACAGAUAGAGGAUGGCAAAAGGAAUAGAGGAGUCUCCCCCAAGAUUAUGGUACAUUACAUGGCAAAAGUGAAGAGACUUUGCAGAUACACUUAAGGUCUUUCAUCAACUCACUUUGAGUUCAUCAGAAGGAUGUGAUCCUGGGUGGGCCUGACCUAACGAGAUGAGCCCUUUAAAAGAGGGUCAACAAGUCAGAGACUCUCUCCCCCACUGACUUGGAAGAAGCAAGCUGCUACGGGUUCCACAGCUUCAAGGAAAUAAAUUUUGCCAAUAAGCCGUGAGCUUGGAAGAGGAUCCCGAGCCUCGGAGGAGAGCUCAGACCCAGCCCACACCGUGACUGCGGCUUUGCAAACCCCUGAGCAGAGGACAGCUAAGCUAUGCUUGGACUCCUGACCCACAGAG